AUGAGGGAACAUAGUAAGUACGAGGAUUUCAGCAUAUUACAGCAGGCUGUCCGGCGAGCCGGCCCUCCGCCCGCGCCGCGGGGUGGGCAAGCGCCCCGCGGGGGUCUCGGGCUCCCAGCCCACUGCCCCGCCUCCCCGCCACCCGCUAGGCGUCGUCCGGGGACGCCCCUCGCCGAGAGAGACCCUCAAUCACAAGUCACCCCGCCCUGCCCACCCUCCUCGCCGUGCCACGCAACCCCGCCCCCGAACCGCCCUCCCGAUCUCCCUGCAGUACCCCUCGCCCCUCGCCGUGAAGAAGUGACUCCAGCAGCCGUGGCGGCUCUUUGGGCCCAAGGGGCGGGCGCGGCAGCCAUUGGCGGAGGCCGCUGCCUCCGGCUGUCAAUCCCGCGACCCGGCCCCGCCCCACCGGCGGAGCGUGGCAGGACGCAGGGCCGCGGGGGCUGUCGGGACGGCUCCAAGAUGGCCUGGCGACUCCGUGGGCUGUCCCCGCGGGGCGGGAGGCCGCCAUGGCGACCCUGGAAAAGCUGGCGAAGGCCUUUGAGUCCCUCAAGUCCUUCCAGCGGCCGCCGCCUCAGCCCCCUCAGCCGGCACCGCAGCCGCCGCCGCCUCAGCCGGCACCGCAGCCGCCGCCUCAGCCGGUACCGCCGCCGCUUCAGCCCCCUCAGCCGGCACCGCAGCUUCAACCGCCGCCGCCGCCGCCUCAGCCCCCUCAGCCCCCUCAGCCAGCACCGCAGCCGCCGUCGCCUCAGCCGCCGCCGCCGCCGCCGCCGCCUCAGCCGGCACCGCAGCCUCAACCGCCGCCGCCGCCGCCUCAGCCCCCUCAGCCGGCACCGCAGCCGCCGCCGCUUCAGCCGGACCCGCAGCCGUCGCCGCCUCAGCCCCCUCAGCCGGUACCGCCGCCGCCUCAGCCGGCACCGCAGCCUCAACCCCCGCCGCCGCCGCCUCAGCCGGUACCGCCGCCGCCUCAGCCCCCUCAGCCAGCACCGCAGACGCCGCCGCCGCCGCCUCAGCCCCCUCAGCCGGUACCGCCGCCGCCUCAGCCGGCACCGCAGCCUCAACCCCCGCCGCCGCCGCCUCAGCCGGUACCGCCGCCGCCGCCACCUCAGCCCCCUCAGCCGGCACCGCAGCCGCCGCCGCCUCAGCCUGUACCGCCGCCGCCUCAGCCCCCUCAGCCGGUACCGCCGCCGCCGCCGCCGCCGCCUCAGCCGGCCCCGCAGAUUCAACCGCCACCGCCGCCCGUCCACCGUGGGUCAGGAGCCGCUGCACAGACGGUGUGUUAUUCUGGGAGAUCAUCAGGACUUCUGGGUGUUUGGAGGUACUGACCUAACCAGUGGAACUGCUGAUUUAUAAGAAGUUGUCCAGAAUUUUGGAAAACUGAUUAGUAGAGGCUGGAGACCGAGAAGAACUACCAUUUUUGCCAGCUGGGAUGCAGAAAAAUUUGGACUUCUGGGUUCCACAAAUGGGCUGAGCUCUGUCAUAAUGGAAACUCUGCAGCAGAAUCAGCUGUCAUCUAUCCCGUGUGGCCAAGUGCAGAGGUGAGAAUUCUCAUUUGUGGGAUGACCACUCACAGCUUUAAAUGUUUUUACUGUAACUGCUCUUAUAAGGUAGCAAGCUAGAGAGAGUGAGAGAGAGAAAUAGAGAGAAGAAAAGAGUUCUCUCCGCAUAUUCCCAUGUGUGUGAUGGCAUUAGUCUUCUUCUGUAUUUUUCUAGAAUGUGUGUGCGUGUGUGCAUGUAUGUGUGAGAGAGAAAUGUCUUGUCUUUGUCCUAAUAGCCACUCUUCUCUCCCUCUAGUUUUUUCUCUAUCCUCCCCUCCUUUCUUUUUCUUUUUCAUCAAUAUCUUCUCUUUCCAAAAAUUCUUGAUAAAUCAAAUUUCCAACUUCCUCACUUUUAAUAUGGUAAAGUUACUUGGAUCCCCAACGUCAAGGGAUCUCAUAAUUUAAUGUCUGUAAGGAUUUCCAGGGACACCUUUUAAAAGUACAGAUUUCCAGGCCUUACUUUGAGCAGUUCUCUUCCAGUAGAUCCAGGGUGAGGCUGAGCAUCUCCGAGCCUUCCCCCUUCAUAUUAUGGUGCAGGGGAUCAGGGGCAGUUUUCCUCUGGGUCUCCGUGCUGUUGCUAUGAAAAGUGGCUACAGCAUCACUAAUAUUUUUCUUUCUUGUUUUAAUUGCAUUAAUAUUAUCAAGCAGUUAAUAGCAUUUUCUUAAAAUUAUGGUCAAAGGCAUAGGCGUUUGAUUUAUAAUGGUAUCUGCAAACCACUCUUUUACUGAAUUAAUUUGUUUGUUUUGCUUGUAUUUCCACAAUUGUAAACGCUGUGAGUUAAGUGACUGCUUUUCUUCAACUACAGGAGAAUGUGAAAACACUCCAGGAGAGAGAGGUUGCAUAUAUCAAUGUAGACUCAUACACAGAAGGCAAUUAUACCCUCAGAGUUGACUGUACACCUCUUCUUUUCCAGUUGGUAUAUGAACUGACAAAAGAGUGGAGGAAUCAGACAUCAUUCAUCUGGAGAAAUGCUGUUGGUUGCUGAGGGCUCAAUCCCGAACUGGAUGAUUUGAUUUAGAGACAUUUGGCCCAUUGGCUUCACCACCAAUUUGUCCAUCUCUGAGUGAAGAUGGGAAUCCUUCUAUUUUCUACAAAUGUUCUUUGGUAAACACGUGAGCCUUGUUCCACCUUUGGAGCCUUGUGUUUAUUUAAUGCUUUUGGUGAAAAUCAUGACAGCCACAUAGAUUUUAAGGAGAUAUCCUGUGGGUUAUCAGCUUGUUGCAGAGGACCUCUGGCUGAAAGACAGAAAUUUUGCUUCAAGGUAUUUGAUGUUGACGGUGAUGGAGUUCUCUCUAGGGUUGAACUGAGAGACACGUGGUUGCACAUUUAGAGGUCUGGAAGGACAACUGCACCGAUGAUACCCUGGAAUUACAUGUGGAUGUAUCCAACAUUGUAGAAGAUACAUAGAAUGCACAUGACACCACAAAGAAUGGCCAUCUUAACUCUAGAGGAAUAUCAUAUCUGGAGUGUGAAAAAUGUUCUUGCCAAUGAGUUUUUGAAUCUACUUUUCCAGGUAUGUUUAAGGUAAAUGACAGAGACCGAGGGCAGUGGUACCAGUAGUUCUACAUCUUUUCCAUUAUGUAGUAGUUAGACAACUAGACUACAAAACCAUAUAUUGUCAAAAGAACUGCAUUAACCUGUACACCACCUGCAGAUGGUAAGUUAGAGCGUGCAUGCUUCUCAGAGUCACAAUGUGCAUGAUAGGAAAGUAGAGUAUAGCUGAUAAUGUUUAUCUUACUAACUCAUGAUAGAGCAGAUUGUAGACACAUAGAAAAGAAUUUAAAAUGUAAAAGCCAUUAUAAUUUGCUAUUUUUCUUUACUUUUUUUUUUUUUAAAGACCCUUCCUAACAAGUAAGGCAGUGUGGACAGAGACAUAGAUCAUAAGUCGGCAGCUGUAAAUUUUUCACAAAGUAUACAAUCUUUCCAGUUAGGAGGUUAUUUUAGAUGCAAAGCUGUUUCUUAAUUUUCUUUUAUUCUUUCUUUCUUUCUUUCUUUCUUUCUUUUUUUUAAUUUAAUUCUUUAGAAGGUCCAAAAAAGAUUGAAGGAGAAAGGAGGAAAAAAAGCUGUCAGGGGUGAACAUGAAAUCAUAAAACUUGCCAGAUUUUAACUAUUUUCCAGUUAAAGUAGUUCUCUUUGCUCCAAUUUAAAGAAACAACUUAUAGUUUCCCAUUUUUCAUAGUUCUUCAUAAAUAUAUGUUGAUUUAAUAGUAUUUUACAGGGUGUGAGUAGGGACAGACUGGAAGUUCAAGAUUUGUAAAUACUGACAGGUAUAUAUAGAAUAGAUAAACAAGUUUAUACUGUAUAGCACAGGGAAAUAUAUUCAAAAUUUUGUAGUAGCUCAUGGGGAAAAAUAUGAAAACAAAUAUACGUAUAUUCGUAAAGUACUGAAAAAUUGUGCUGUACACCAGAAAUUGACACAACAUUGUAAACGGACUAUAACUCAGUAAAAAAAUAAAAAUAAGAUAAAACUGUUAGAACACUAUAAAAAAAGUAGUAUUUUAGAUUUUUCUUAUUUUAUUCUCCUUUUCUUAUAAAAGCACCCCUAUGAAGUUCAAUAAGGCUUGAUAUCUUUAUAUCUAUCAUGAUUCUCCAUUGUAAAUACAGAGUAACCUGCCUGUGACACAGCUGUGUUAGAAUAAAUGAAAAUUGAACUCUUCCUGACAGCUAAUAUUUAAUGUAUAUUUAAAGCAUAUGAAAUCUGAUAAGUCUAUGAUACCUAUUUAAAUCAAUCAGUUGCUCCACUGUCAGUUAUCAGCCAGGAUCUAAGUUGAUGUCUUUAUAAAAUAUAAAUACAUAUAAAAAUAAUAUAAACCUACUAUAAACAGAAAUGACUUGCUUAGUAAUAUGGAAAUUAAGCAGCUAUUUUUAUCUCAUUUAAAAUGAUGUCCUCAAUUACUUUAAGUUAUCAUUAAUUAUAUAAACAUUUUGACCACUUAAGUUUGUGUCUGAGUCACCUUGCAGCUCUUACAUAGCAAAGCAUUUUGAACUUUUAUAUUGCCUUUCCUAUUUUCUCAUGUUAUUCAGGGGCUUGCAUAGGCACUAUUUUUUCUAGGACUCUAUAAACAGAUGUAUGCCUGAGAUUUUCUUUUGUGUCUGUGUUUCUAGCAUUAUAUUACUGACAGAUUUUUUUGUUGGUUAUCAAUCUAAUUUUUUUUCUUGGUAUAUAUAGUCCUUUCAGCCCUUUCAAAUAUAUAUAUAUGUAGUCAGUUUACAAUGUGUCAAUUUCUGGUGUACAGCACAAUGCUUCAGUCAUACAUGAACAUACAUAUAUUAAUUUUCAUACUCUUUUUCACCAUAAGUUACUACAAAACAGUAUUGGAUAUAGUUCCUUGUGCUAUACAGUAUGAACUUGUUUAUAAAUUGGGAGUUUGAGAUUUGCAGGUACUAAAUAUUAACAUUACAUUUUAUGAUGCUUACUUUAUCCCAUAUUCAGACAUGCUUUUAAAACUUAAUUUUCACUUAAUAUAUAAGUAAUCAGACUUACUCUAAAUUGUUUUAUUUUCUGUCUGUUUCUAAAAUAGAAUUAGCUAGUAAAUUCAGUGAUAAAAGCUUGAAUUAUACUUUUAUUUUAUUUGCCAAGAUCCCACUCCUGGCUGACCAUUUUGGGUAUUUAAGUAUAAAGUAAGUAAAUGUCAGUAGAAUUAGGAAACCAUUCCUGUGGUAAUAUUGUUUUCAGUCCUUUCAAAUAAACUCAGUGCCCAAUAUUUUGCAGAGGAAGCACUCUAAACAUGAUCAGGAUCUUCUAUCUUGUACGUUUGUCAGAAAGCGUCAAAUGUUAAACAGUUUGAUAAGCAGAAUAGUGCACCACACUGACCCCUACCUAUAUCCAUGCUCUAAUCCUGAAAUCUGUGAAUAUGUUAUUUUACAUGGCAAAGGGGAUUUUGCAGAUGUAUCAGGUUAAGGACUCUGAGACAGGGAGAUUAGCCUGGAUUAUCUACAUGGGCCUAGUCUAACAACAGGAGUCCUUAAAAAUUGAAAAUCUUUCCCAGCUGUGGUCAGAAAGAUAUGACUUUGGAAGAAGGAUUAGAAAGCUGUAAAGCUGUUAGCUUUGAAGAUAGAGGAAGGGCCAUGGGUAAAGAAAUGUGGGUGAACUCUAGAAGCUGGAAAAGACAAGGAAAUAUAUUCUUCCUUUGACCUACAGAAGGGCAUACAGCCCUGCUGACAUCUUGAUUUUUAGCCAAAUGAUACCUGUUCCUGACUUGACCUACAGAACCAUAAAAUAAUAAGCUUGUGUUGCUUUAAGCUGCAAAAUUUGUGAUAAUUUGUUACAGCAGUGAUAAAAAUAAAUAUAGGGGAGUUAAUCCAACUUUAUGGAUUGGAGGGCUCAGCAUUUUAAAGAUGUCAGUUCCCCUUCAACUGAUUCAAAGUUUUAUAUGUACACAUCAAAAUCCCCAACAGUUAAUUGUUGUUACUGUUUUUUUGUAGAACUUGACAAGCUGAUUCUAAAUACAUAGAGAAGCGUGAAGGGCCAACAAUAGCCAAGAUGAUAUUAAAGAACAAUGUUAAAGGACUUAUAAAACAAUAUUAAGUCUAUGUGAUAACUACCUAAAGUUAGACAUAUAGACCAAUGGAACAGCAUUGAAUUAAACCCUGUACCAUACAUGAACAGUAACUUUAGAUAGAUUAUAAAUCUAAUAUAUUUGAAACAUAAAGCAAAGCAUCUGGGGGAGGGUAAAGCUCAGGUGGAAUGUGUGCUUAGCAUGCAUAAGGUCUUGGGUUCAACUCCCAGUACCUCCAUAAAAAUAAAUAACCUAAUCCCCCACCAAAAUAAAGCAUCUAGAAAAUAGUGUAGGAGAUAGUUUAAUGACUUUGAAGUGUCAAAGAUUUCUUAAACCAGACAAAGCAUGAAACAUAAAAGAAGAGUUUUAAGUUGGACUUCAGUAAAAUUAAGAAUUAUUUUUAUCAAGAGAUACCAUUAAGAAAGUGAAAAGCUAAGCCACACGGUGGGAAAAUAUAUUUACUAUACCUAUAUCCAACAAAAGACUUGUAUCUAGGGCAUAUAAAGAACAAAAACCAGUGGAGAAAAAGGCAGAACCUCAAUAUUAAAAUAUGCAAAAUAAUUGAACAGGUGCUUCACAAA